GGUGAGGAAGGCAGUGUGCGUCACGGAGCUCGUGGCCCGGACUGUGGUUGGUAGACUUAGAGGCCCUAAGGCUUGGAGCCAGUGGUGGUCAGCACAGCCCUCCGUGGUCUGCAGAGCCUGCUAUUGCUUUACGUGAGUGUCUGUCCUCUUUUUCUCUAUCCUGGGUUCCAAUCUGAGAAGUCAUCCUAGGUUCCUAUUGAGAGCUUUGUCCAGGUGGAUAUGCUAGGAUUCCUCCUCUGGGUGUUUGAAACGAGCUUCUUCUAUAUGGCUCACGGUAGGCUGGUCAGGAAUGGCUGGUGUGAGCUGUGUGUCUGGCUAUGUCCUGGUUUGGGGUGCCUGGCCGUGAGCACUUUGGCUGGUGGUGGUCUGGCUUAGAUGGCUGUGGGCUCUGAGUAUUCAUGUCCUGCAGGUAAAGCAAUCACUGUCUUCCCACCAACCCCACACCCAUUGAUUCUCACCUUCUGGUCUGCCAUGGUGCAAAUCAGAUAGCAGUCCCUGGCAGAUUCAGUUCACGACCCCGACAUACUGCCAAUAGGUCUUCCUCUGUGGUAGGCUAAGUGGGAAGAAAAUAUAGUCUGGGAGUGCCUGGCCAUCUUUCUGUGGCUUCAGUUCCAUGUAGAAGUACUUCCUGGCUGUCCCUCAGUCCAAGGCCCCGCAGAUGGGGAUGCCUGGGGAAGGGGGUGGCUGUAUGGACAAGAAGGGGUGAGGUGAUCAUAAGCAGGGCUCUGACUGCACAGACUGAUUCCCAGGUCAUCCUUGGCUUGCGGGUGAGCUUAGGAAGUGGCUGCUGGGGCAGGGUAUAGAGUGGGAGACAGGACAGUAGGUGACCAUGAGGAGAGAGAGGCCUUUGUCCUUCCUUGAUUACUACAUCCUCCUGGUUCCAGAAUUCUGUCCACAGUCUCCUCCACUUUCUCAGCCCUGCAUUGACUCUGCUCUGACCAGGGAGGAAGCCAUUUAGGGAUAAACCGGGACUUCUCCACUCUUCUGGGCUUUUCGUUUUCUGCUUUUUCAUCAACCCCGCCCCCUGGUGCUCUCUCUGGGGGGUAUGAGAGCCACUCGGGGGUACACUACUUGGGGGGUGCUGCUCUGCUGUUCAUCUCCAAACCCCUAGGCAGCCUAGGGGUUCGGUGGGAGCAUCUCCGGUGUCUGAAGCUAUUCGCCAUGGAGACUUCUGGAGCUCCUUCUGCUUCUAUGUGGGUAGGUGCCAGGGCUCAUCUGUCCCUGGUGUGUGAUGUGCCUCCCCUGGUCUCACAUAUCACAGUUGUGGACAUUGAGCACCUCCCCCCCACUUUUUUUUGUCCGAUUUUGUCCACUUGUCUGGACUCUUGGGUAAGUUCUGUGAAGAUGAGUGUCCGGGCCACACCAGCUGGCAGGAUAUGGUUUCUCUGCCCAGCACGAGUCUGGUAAAGGAGCAGCUUGGAAAGAAGGAAGGGGCCAGGUCCAUAGACAUUUGGGGCGCAGUGGCUGUGAGAGGCCUGGGGAUGGGUUGUGAGAAAUCUGGGCUGAAGUAGAUAGAAAGUGCCAUUAACAUGGUCAGGUGGGCAUGGGGAGUGUCUGUGGCUGUGUGAACUUGUGGAGCUCCUCCCCAACAGGCUCCCUGGUGCCCUGCUUCUACCAGAAGGGCAUGGGGCCCGCGCAUGUUCCCAAGAGAACCGUGCUCUUCCAGCGGGAAAGGACUGGUCUGACCUACCGGGUGCCUGCGCUGCUCUGCGUGCCUCCCAGGCCUACCCUGCUGGCCUUCGCAGAACAGCGACUUAGCCCUGAUGACUCCCAUGCCCACCGCCUGGUGCUACGGAGGGGCACGCUGACCAGGGGCUCAGUGCGGUGGGGCGUUCUGAGUGUACUGGAAACUGCAGUACUGGAGGAGCACAGGUCUAUGAAUCCUUGCCCCGUGCUGGAUGAGCACUCGGGUACCAUCUUCCUCUUCUUCAUUGCUGUGCGGGGUCACACACCGGAGGCCGUGCAAAUCGCCACUGGCAAGAACGCUGCUCGCCUCUGCUGUGUGACCAGCUGUGACGCUGGCCUUACCUGGGGCAGCGUGCGGGAUCUCACUGAGGAAGCCAUUGGUGCUGCAUUGCAGGACUGGGCCACCUUUGCCGUGGGUCCAGGCCAUGGAGUCCAGCUGCGCUCGGGUCGCCUGCUUGUUCCUGCUUACACCUAUCAUGUGGACCGUCGGGAGUGUUUUGGCAGGAUCUGCUGGACCAGUCCCCACUCCUUGGCUUUCUACAGUGAUGACCAUGGGAUCUCCUGGCAUUGCGGAGGCCUUGUGCCCAACCUACGCUCUGGAGAGUGCCAACUGGCUGCGGUGGAUGGAGACUUUCUCUACUGUAAUGCCCGGAGCCCUCUGGGUAACCGUGUGCAGGCACUGAGUGCUGAUGAAGGCACUUCCUUCCUACCAGGGGAGCUGGUGCCUACGUUGGCUGAGACUGCUCGCGGCUGCCAGGGUAGCAUUGUGGGCUUCCCGGCUCCACCUUCCAUCGGUCCUCAGGAUGACCGGUGGUUAGCGAGUCCUGGAAACACCCCACAUUCCCCAUGCUUCGAUCUCAGAGUACGGGAGUCUUUGGCGGAAGGUGCUAGAGGUUUUGUUGAAGGUUGGGCGUCUAGGUUGCUUCUCUGCUACCCACAGUCCCGGGGCCCAGAGAAUCAUGGCCUAGAGCCUGGGCCAGAUGGAGAAAAAACAUCCUGGAGCCCGGAACUCCCUAUGUCCUCUGCUUCCGUGCGUCAGAGCUCCACAUGGUUGCUAUAUUCCCACCCAGCAGGGCGUAGAGCUCGGCUCCAUAUGGGAAUCUACCUGAGCCGAUCCCCCUUGGACCCUCACAGCUGGACAGAGCCCUGGAUAAUCUAUGAAGGCCCCAGUGGCUACUCUGACCUUGCCUUCCUUGGGCCUGUGCCUGGGGCAUCCCUGGCUUUUGCCUGCCUGUUUGAGAGCGGGACCAGGGCUUCCUAUGAAGACAUUUCUUUUUGCUUGUUCUCACUGGCUGAUGUCCUGGAGAAUGUACCCACUGGCUUAGAGAUAUCCAGUCUCAGGAAUAAGCCUCAGGGGCAUUGCUGGCCCUCUUGAUGGCCUGGUCCUCUGGCAGGCACUUGGGGAGGAAGGGCAGAUUAUAUAGAGGAGGUCAGGUCAGCCUGACCCUAGGACGAACAGAGCUCUGUCUCCUGACUGGCUGGUGGGGGUGACUCACCGGGCAGCCAGUUGCUUUCUGGGUGCCCGUGAGAAAUAAAGGGGUUGUGCUGUGACUUUUCUUUCUGUAUCAAAGCUCGGGUGCUGGUACUUUAGCUCACCGCUCUGAUCACCACGCACAUCUCCCACCGGCACCUUGCUCGGCUUUCACAUCCCAAGGGUGCCCGGCAGGGGUGAGGGCAGAGGACCUCACCGUGCUGGGACAGUGGACAUCACCACACCGCUUUCCACUACCCUCUGGGUGCCAACCUCAGCCAAUUUGAUAUGUGCUGAUGACCGAGGGCUGUUUACUUUCUGGAUUUCCUGCAGGAGAAGCAGGUUGGGGAGCGAGCCUCCCCAGCCAGUGGGGACAGAGUUUGACUCGAGCAGCGAUUACGUCUGAGGACCUGCUCCGUGGGUCCACUUCUUUACCCUUCUCUGGAGAGGGCUCUUGUUCUAUCAGAGCUGUUCCCUCGGUUCUCUUUCUUUUUCCUUUUCAAGACAGGGUCUCGGGGGCUGGGGAUUUAGCUCAGUGGUAGAGUGCUUACCUAGGAAGCGCAAGGCCCUGGGUUCGGUCCCCAGCUCCGGGAAAAAAAAAAAAAAAAGACAGGGUCUCUUUGUGUAGCCCUGGUUGUCCUGGAACUCACUCUGUAAAUCAGGCUGGCCUUGAGCUCAAAGCUCCAUCUGCCUCUGCUUCCCAAGUGCUGUGAUUAAAGGCAUGUGCUACCACC